AUGGAUGAUAUCUCAGGAGAUCUCUCAGUAGGUUUGUAUGCUUGGUCACGAAAUCUCCUACCCAUAGUGAUUGGCAAAAGUGGUAACCCCCAAUCCAGGGAUUUGGUUUUGCAGCUGAUGGAAAAAAUUUUGUCUACCCCAAAAGCCCGGCCUGUUCUAGUAAAUAGUGCUGUGAGAAAAGGGGAACGAUUAAUUCCUCCUCCUGCAUUUGAAAUUUUGCUCCGGGUUACUUUCCCUCCAUCUUCAACUAGAGUAAAGGCUACUGAAAGAUUUGAGGCCAUAUAUGCCAUUCUGAAAGAGGUGGCUCUUGGAGGUUCUUCUCGAAGUAAAGCAAUGAAACAAGUUUCGCUGCAGAUAUUCAAUUUUGCUAUCAAAGCAGCUGGAGAAAGUACGCAAACCUGA